GUCAUCAACAAAUCCCAUGGUGCACUUCCUAUAGCAUUUCAGUUCCAACAUGUACUGUCUAUAUAGUAUAUGUUAAAAUAAGGUGGAAACUGGGCACAGUGUACCACGGAGAGAAUCAGCAUGCGAAAUUCACCAUAUCAAGUGUUUAAAUGUUUCUAUUUUAAAUGACCAGAAUAUGGAUUGGACGCUGACCGCGAGGAAACAACGAAGGAAUUCCAAAUGUCAAAACAAUCAGAUAUGAUCAACGCUAUGAACUAAAUACAAUCACAAUGAACAAGUCUAUAACUGGUGGCUAUUGUUUAAAUGUUUUAGUGUCAUCUACAAAUAUUGUUAGACGAACUUUUUUCUCCGAAGACGUGAAAUAAAUGCCAUCAAUGUAGCAUUAAUGUGUAAUCUGGCUGAAAAUCCGUGGAAAUUCCCGACAAAUAUUUCAUAAAAUUUCCCAUUUGAUACACGUAAACAUAACAGUGUAUGCUACAAUGAUGUUAUAAGUAAUGUGGUAUCAUAGUUAACAAGCUUUUUACGUGUUAAGUAUUUUAAAUUUUACAUACCAACGGCGAAUUGACAAGCAUAUAUCAUUCAUCAUGGCCUAUAGUAACGGACUGGAUAUGUUUGAACUUAUCAAACAGAUAGGAAAAGGGAGUUAUGGUGAAGUGACACUGGCAAGACAUAAAAGAGACAAAAAACAGUAUGUUUUGAAAAAGAUAAACCUUAAAAAAGCUUCUAAAAGAGAACGUUCAUCAGCAGAACAAGAAGCAAAGUUACUGUCAAAACUAAAGCAUCCAAACAUUGUGUCAUACAAAGACUCAUUUGAGAAGGAGGGUACCUUGUUUAUUGCCAUGCAGUAUUGUGAGGGAGGAGAUUUGUACACAAAACUAAAGGAAAAUAAAGGCCAGGCUCUAGAUGAACGACAGGUUGUGGAAUGGUUUGUCCAGAUCGCCAUGGCAUUGCAGUACAUGCACGAAAGGAACAUUCUACACAGAGAUUUGAAAACUCAGAAUAUAUUUCUAACAAAGAGUAAAAUCAUCAAAGUGGGUGAUUUGGGUAUAGCAAGAGUGUUAGAUAGUUCCAGCGACAUGGCUACUACCCUUAUAGGAACACCUUACUAUAUGAGUCCUGAACUGUUCUCCAACAAACCCUACAAUCACAAGUCCGAUGUGUGGGCCCUAGGUUGCUGUGUGUAUGAAAUGGCGACGCUUAAACAUGCAUUCAACGCCAAAGACAUGAACUCCCUUGUGUACAAAAUCCUACGAGGAAAGAUGCCCCCAAUGCCAAAACAGUACACUCCAGAGCUUCUCCAGAUCAUCAAAAACAUGUUACACCAGGACCCUGAGAAACGCCCAACAGUCAACCGUAUCCUUCGGGACUCCUACAUCAAAAAGAACAUCUCAAUCUUCCUGGAGGAGACCAAGAAGAGUCGACCAAGUAGUGCCGGCAGACCGACAAGUGCUGCCAGGGCCCGUCCCACUUCAUCACGAUCAAGUGCCAGUGAUCGAUCCCACCACCCACCACGUCCACCACCAGCUCCGGCAGCUCAGGAUGUUGUCGAUGGAGGAAAAGAGAAAGUCAGUGUGUUCCAUGUCAAUGCCAAUAGCCAUGGCAACCGUGAUCGAGAACCACCUCCAGCAGAACCACAACCUGUACCAGUGGUUAUACGAAAACCAACUCAUGCCAGAAAGCCUUCAGACGGCGCCAAACAGGAACUGCCCCCAAUAGCAGAGGACAAGGCCGUAGCCCACGCUGAGAAGAAACCCGUAUCUUCAUCAGACUCAGAUGAGGAUACUAUGAAAGCUAAAACCGUGAAAGAAAAAGAGAAACCCUCUUCACCUAAGAAGAAUAACUCAUCUAGUCCUAGGAAGAAAAAGAAAGAUAGUUGGAUAUCCAAGAAAAACAGCCGCACUGACGAAGACAAGUCCGAGGCAGACUCAGCAGCAAGUGUAGCAAACACUAACCACAAAAGUCCAUUUUCAAAAACCAUGCGGCCACUGACUCGGAACCCCGUAGCUCUGCACGUGAGCGAUCUCCAAAGCCAGUGGACAAGCCCCGUCCACUACCACCUCCCCCUAAGGUGGAGGAAUCGGAGGGACUUCCCCAGCGACGCCAGCUCCCUGGUCAAGACAAGCAUUCAGCUAGAGUCCAAAUCCUCAAGUACCUCCAGUUCUCGGGAAGAUGCCUCUUGGGACUCGGAAACUCCAAGGAGUUUACCAAACUUGUCAGCAAGGCAGAGACGUAGAAACAAUGCUUCAUCUUCUAUGGAGCGUCCUCAGUCAGCACGACAAGUCAAAUUAAAGCGUCCAGAAUCUCAGAGGGUGACAAAAGCUGAAAAGAGUGAGCAUGAACCUGUUCGAACAAAAUCAAAACCUAAAAUCCGACAGCCGUCUAUACAGGAAGACAGCUCUAGUUCAGAGGAAGAAAUUCUUAAAGAAAAUGAGGAUUUCAAGAGAGAUAAAGAAAAGCUCAGGGAGAACAAAGAGAUGAACAAUUUUAUUUCCCUACUUGACACCACUUUAAAACUGAACAAGGAGGAUGAUAAGUCUGAUGAGGAUUCAGCGACCAGUAAAACAGUGGAGGAAGAGGAGGAGGAAAAAACACUCUCGCCCAUUCCUAGUCCAGAUAUCCACCGAUCAGCCUCACUGCCAAGUGUAGAAACAUUAUGUAGUGCCAACCGACUGAGUCAAAGGAUACAACUCCUACACAAGGAUUGUGUGGCAGGCGUUGGGUUUGAUACCUUACACAAGGCAUACCAAAUCCUCAGUAAUAUAGAGGAUGAUGAAGUUGAGCCUCAGUUGGUUACUUUGAUGGGCAAGGAGAAUUUCGAUUUGUAUGCAGGCAAGAUCUGGCAGCUCAAAUUCUGUGAGGAGUGCCUACUACAGCUGCCAAACUUACAGAGCUAGCUACCAUCUUCAUGUAAAGAAAAUAAUGACAUUUUACAAUCGGAGCAUCCAGUUCAGCUGCAAGAUCACAGACUCACUAAAUUCACCUUAAUGACGUUACCAGGACAUGUGUCUUUUGUGAUAUGUCAAAUGGUUGGACAAUACCUUAUAAUUGUUCAUGUGUGUAAAUGUGGUUCAUUGUCUCAUAUUUAACAUAGACGGCUGUUUAUAUUACCAGGUAAAGCUUUCUUUACCUGUUUUUUUCCCCCUUAAGACAUUGUAAAGUCAGAUUGAGGAAAAUUUGCAAAUUUUAACUGUUGAUUUUAGCUUUUUCUCAUGUUGUUUACAAAUUGGGCCUCUAGGUCUUUAUUCGGACAAGUGAUUCUGUAUUGACACUUGUGUCAAAUGUUUUAAGGAAUUUCUACAAAUAUAUCCUACUAACAAGAAUUGGUCUGAGUAGACAUGUGCCUAGCACUCUGUGGGUACUGAAGAGUUUAUAAUAUAUAAAUAUAUAUGUAUAUAAAUAUAUGUGUGUGUGUUUAGAAGUAGAAUAUAUUAAUAUAUAAUUAUUUAGCGGAGGGUGAAAGAGGUUUUUGAUAUGUGAAUAGAAUGAUAUAUUUCUGCAUCAUAUAUCACCUUAUAAUCAAAUAAUUUGAAAGAAAAAAAAUCAUUAAGGGAAAUAACUCUUGAUAAAUCACAGGAGAAAUGCGCAAGGUUGUAUAUACCCUUUAAAGAUAACUUUUUACACAGUAUACCGUAUACAAAAGACAUUGAUAUAGAAUGAUAUGCUGAAGAAAAAUAAUUUCACAAACACUAAGUGUUGUAAUAUUUCAUGUACAUGUAUUAUUAAAGGAAAAAUUUCUUGCAUAAAUCACAGAUAAACACAUAAAUCACAGGAAACAUGUCACAGUGUAUUGUAUAAGGUGGCAUAUACCCUUAAGGAAAACAAUUUGUACACAGUUAGAAUGUAUCAAGUGACAUUUACUUUGUAUGUCAAAGGGAGGUAGCCUUAUUAUCACAACUCACCAGUUCGUUAAGGAAGACAUUUUUAACACAAAUAGCAGAUAUAUUGUAUUUGCAGUGACAUGUAUAGGCUUAAGGGAGGUAACUUUCUCAACUAACACACCGGUAUAUUAUACAAGUUAGCAUAUCCAUUUAACUAAGAUGUAUCUUUCUAAAAUGAAAAUAUAUUAUAACUUCAUACAGCAAUUUUACAUAUUUCCUUUUGUAAGGAACAUACAGUAUUUCAAUAGUUAUUCAAAUUCUGAAUGUGCAAAAAAAUAUUUUAUGGUGAUGUUGUGAUAUAUCAAAAGCAUUUGUUUGAGUGAAAUAUUUUGAAUUAAUGUAUCAAGGUUGUUAAUUAUGAGAUGAUCUCGUUUAUGAAAAACAGAUAUACGUCCUGUGUUACUUUAACUCAUUAUAGAAUUAUAUAUGAUUUAACAUGUUGAAAAUUUAAUAUUAAAUGAAUGUGAUUCAACAUAUUGAAAACAUUUUUGUGAUCAAGACCUACUGCUGAUAUAGCUUCGUGCAGUAACUGAAGAAUUCACACUACCCAAACCUGGUACAUAGAUUUUAUAUUUAUUUUGUAAAUAUUUAAUUUUUUUUUUACAAUUAUUUAAUGUUUGAUUUUAAUUUCCGUCCUGAAAUCUGUUAAUCUAUGCAUUUCUUUUGUAUUUGUUUAUUUCUACAACUGCUUGUAAUAUAUACAUGUACAUGUAUAUGUAAGUUAGGUAAAUUAGUCAACAGGAAUAAUUUGUGAAAUCUCAUUCACCUUAAAUAAAGAUGAGUUAAAAUGUCCUCUGAACAUUUAAUUGAAUCCUGAUAUCUGUAUUGAGGUCUGAUUAUAAAUCACUUGUGUAAUUUGAACUUUCCUGGGAUGCCAAACUUUUAAUGUAAACUACUAUUUUCUUAACAUCUCUUUUAUAUGUACAAUCACAUUAUUUUUUAUCAUAUAAGAAUUCGUUUCUGAGAUAAAAGCCCCGAUAUUUUGGAUUGCUCUGCUUUAUUUCAAUAAAAAGGGGGAAAACAAAAUAUUAGCUAAAAAUGAUUUUUUUUAUGAAACAAAAAAGUAAUCUCUCAUUUUGCCUUAUCUAAUUGAAAUGAUACAGAAAAAAUGAUAUAUAUUUUGUUUGAUUUAAGAAAAGGUCUAGAAUAUUGUUUUCAUGGUAUAAAUGAUAUCACUCAGUAAGUUGGUUAGUGGUUUAACACCUACAUGACUCCGCCCAUUGUUCGGUUUCAUCUCACCGACUAGAUUCCACGAUCUGUCGGUAUUACUUAGAUAUCACAUGUUUGUAUCAUACUUACAUUAUUUGUGAGUAGACCUUGCUACAUUAGAUUGACAUCACCUGAAUCCUGUUGCCGAUAUGUAGUCCUUAACAACAAGAACCUCAAUACCUUUCACUACCCUACGAGCACACAUACAUGUGUGUCUCUGAUGUUCAACCCUGCCAGUAUAUGUUUGUUUGUUUCUUAAUGUAUAAAGAACAUUUUGUGUACCACAAUUUCAAUUGCAUUAAAGCUUGUAAUAUAAUCAUUAUGUCAGAAUUUAAGGAUAUUUUUUAUAAUUGUGAAUGUUUUAUAAAUUUGUUUCUGGGGUUCUAUUUUGGGUGAAAUGUGGGACUAUCCUUGUAGGUUAUUGAAUUCAUAUUUUUUCUUUUCUUUAAUUUUUAAAAAAAUCUUAAAUUGAAUUUUUAAAUCACCGAAGUUUUAAAAUUUUUCUUGAUUUAAUUGAUUUUAGAGGUUAAGUGCUAAUCAGGUGAAUCCUGAUGACCAGUGGUCAAUAUAUAGAUGAUCAGACGUCAGUGUGUGUAGAUGACCUUUAAAACUACCAUCAUCAGUAUCACUUAUUUAUCACCUGUGUAUUAUGAGCACUGCUAGACAUUCCAUUUCACAGCUUCACAUCGCUAAUGUAGCUAUAAUCUAGUUCACAAAAACUUUAGUAGCAUGUGUGAUAAGCAAUGUUCUAGAUUCUAUGUUUGCCUGUCUCUAAUUAAAUCUGCAAUAUAUACUGAACCAGUGAUUGUAUUUAGACCCAUUUCCUAAUAAUACCUUUUUUUUAAUUGCAGUACAAUUUGAUGAUGCAUGUAAAUAUAUAUUUCUUAAUAGGAAGAUAGAGUUCUGAUCAAUCUGGGAUUUCAAGGGGUUUUUUUAACAUCGAGGUAGUGACGUGUUUCUAGUUUGUCCAGUGACAACUUAAUCGUGAUAGAAUAUGUAUUUUAUUCCAAGGACAAAGAGGCUAUGUUGGGAAAAAGAUUAGAAACGUGAAAGUUUUUGUGAAAUUAUCUGUAUUCAGUUUAAUUUAAUCAAAUAAACUGAGUCGUCUUUUUUUGCAAAUUAGCUGGAAAAUAAGGAUUAAAAAGUCUGUGUUGUUUAACUACAAAGAUAAUUGACAUAAAUCAGAAAGUUUCUUUAAAGCAAAAACUUUGGACUUUUGUUUUUAUAGUUUCGUAAAAUGUUAAGAUUUUUUUUAUGCUUUGCUAUGGUUUUAAAUGUCAAGAUUAUUUACUGAUUAUUCUCAUUUGAAUAUCUUUUUAUAGAACCUGAAAUUUAUUUACAAUACUUGAAUUAUCAAUAUUUCAUACAGUACUUGAUUCAACAGUACAGUAUAUUUCUGCUCCAGUUUCCUCUGGCCUGAAUUCUAGAUAUUAAAACAUUUUAACAAACGCAUGUCUAGUGAGGCAAAUAUCUGUCCAUUAAAAAUAUCUGUAUCUGGUGUUGGAGCCUGAUAAAACUGGAGCUAAUCUUGGGUACAGGAUAUACAGUUUGUGUUUAUUUCUUCAUACAUUCCUUUAGUUUCAUUAAGCAAUUCUCGGGAAUAUUUUUCCCCGUGAUGUUCAGAUAUAUUAGUAAGCCUAAACUCUGUGUGAUUUAAGAAGGAAGCAUGCCAUCAUUUACAAUAUACGUCCAUUUGUUGUGUUGACAAUUUAUAUGUAUACUGAUGAAUGGAGCUGUAAUAUCAUACAAUAUUUAAGGGGAAAGCCUGUUUGUUUGCCUUUGUAACUAUAUCACAUUUCAACACAAGUUUCAUUUUUCAAUAUUGACAGCUGUUGUUGUUUACAAAAUUUGACAGACACGAUAUUCAGAAAAGGACUAAUUUUGAAAUCAAACACUUUGCUGGCAGCUUUUUAUUUGAUAACCUUUUUUUAUUCGAACAGUUUUUCUUUGUUUUAAUGAAAGUUGAAUGUGAUGGAUUUUAUUUGGCUAUGUCACAGGAAUUUGAUGGUCAAAUAUGUAAGAAUGACCAUUUUUGGCGCAGAGGAAUAUCAACAUCAGCUUCUAUUGACUAAACAGAAUCAGGUGUUGAGUGAUUUGGUGAAACCUCAGACAUGUUUCAUUCCCUUAAACAAAAUGGAGACAUUUUCUGGCUUGCAUAAUUUACUGUAGUCAUUAUGUAAUAAAAUACGGUCAACCACACA